AUGGUUACCAAAAAUGAUUUGCAAAUGCUGGAAACAACCCUAUCGACUUCGAUCACAACGGCAGUCACGGCACUCCAAACUGACCUCGACACGCAAAAAGGCUGCAUCCAAAUGCUGGAAAACCAGGCCCAAACCGCCCAACAACAGGCUGCUGCAACAGACACUGCCAUAACCAGACAAGGCAACAUGCUCCUUACUUUGAGACGCCAAGUGGAGGACCUAGGUAACCGGAGCCGUCGCUACAACAUCAGGAUCUGGGGCAUGCCUGAAUCAGAAGAAGGGGAAAAUACAGAAGAGCUCCUGACUGGACUGUUCCGCUUAAUCAUGGGAGAAGAAACCCUGUCGGAAAUCAGAUUCGACAGGGCCCACCGAGCCUUGAGACCAAGAGGGAGGGGGGGAAUAUAA